UCCGAGCUUUUUAAAAGGCAGUCAGCGAGGAGACGCGCAGGAGCGAGACGGACGUGACCGUGACGUUGACGCGGUGAAACCACGUUUGCGCGGUUAUUACGCACACCCCUCACACAGAGACACGCGCUCGCGGAGGCUCGUUUGUGGAUGGUCUGCUGCGAGAACGGGAGGGGGAGGCUGCGUUGCUCUUUCGAGAGAUUUACGCACGACGCGCGCAACUUUGCGCACGGAUAUUUUAGCCACGCUGGACUUUAUUCAAGAGGACGCUAGCGCCUUUUGACUGCAGCUUCAAAUAGUAAGCGCUGGUUUGGGUGGCGUUUAGCGUGGAAUGUGUGCGUAAUUGACGCACUUGGGCCAGUUUGGAUUUUGGGGGACUCGCUUCUUUUUCGCUCCCCAUCAUCCUCAUCCGUGGAAACAGAAGCCUCCGCGCACCUGCCCCACCAUGGCCGGACUCACACGUCUAGCCUGAGUGUGAGUCAGUAAUAUCACCGUGAGGCUCUGACAGGUGGCAACAUAUUCGGGAUCCUUCACACCAAAGCAGAAAAGGGGGAGGGAAACGCGCGGCUCGGCGGUGAGAGUGGACGCCGAGGUGCUAAAUGCCCAGCCGGUCGCUGGCGGCUCCUCUGGCUGGGCGGCAACAUGAGGUCGUGGCUCCCGCUGCUGCUUCUGACCGCGCUCUCGGCGGCGCGCUUGAGGCUCGGCAGCGCUGAGGGCGAUCCGCUCCCUGCGUCGCUGGUCGACCUGGUGAGGAACUCACCCGUCUCCUCCGUGGACGACCUGAAGCUACUGCUGCAGCGCGAGGCGGACGCAAUUGAAGACGAAGAUGAUGGCAGCAUUCUCUCAAACCAAACACACGGCCGACACAUCAGAAGCAUCGUGGAGGCUGAGGUUGCCCAGCAGGCAGUGUGCAGAGUUCGGACCGAGGUGAUGGAGGUGACCAGGUCCAUGUUGGACCGUCGCAACACUCACUUCAUGCUGUGGCCGCCCUGUGUGGAAGUGCAGCGAUGUUCGGGCUGCUGCAACACGGAGCCGAUGCAGUGCGUACCGACUGUCACCUCCAGCAGAUACCUGCAGGUAAUAAAGAUCCAGUACAUCAACAAGAAGGCCCACUAUGACAAAGCCAUCAUCUCGGUUGAGGACCACCUGGCAUGCAGAUGUCAGACUUCCUCACCCAACUCGCCACCGCUUACCCUGCCGUCCCACUCUCAAGCACCCCUCCCACGGACGGCGCACCCCGCACCACCCAAGACCCAAGGCUCCAAGGCCGACCUCCACCGCAACGAUGACCUGAAGCGCAACCAGCGGCUCUACAACAGCGAGGAGCAGGAGGCGAGGCAGUGGCCGCAGGGGGGAUACACGCAACUGGUGCACUGGACGCAGCCCAGGGUGCCGCAGCCGGUCAACAGCUGGCCGUCGGACGCAGGGGCGGGACAGGUCAGAACGGGAAACCCACCGCAGGUUGGGCAGGGGAGCGGACACGAGGGCAGUCGCGAGGAAGGCGGCGAAUUGCAUCGUCAGCAGUUCCCAUCCCAGAGCGACAAGCACAGAGAUUCUGACGAUCGGAAUCUUAGGACGCAAUAUAGACUCAAUGCCCCCCAGUCGGACGGUGUUUCCCACCCGGACCCGACUCCGUCGCCCCAAUCAGAACAAAGCCCUACGACCGAUUUGCGCGCUUCCAGCAACCGUAAAGACUUGGUGACGGGCCAGCCUAACAUGGAGGCGACGCCGACACACCCGAGGAUGCAAGCGAAAGGACCAACAGGGGGCGGGAGACGGGACAAUGACUUGGCCAGUCAGGGAGAGGCUAAAGACUUGACACUGGCCAAUGGUGGAGGUCAGCUCACAGAUGAGGAGAGGAGGCAGAAGGUUCUGGAGGUCGUUCUGGGGGAACUAGACCAGCCCAAUCUUCAUCCUCAGCAAAGACCAAAACCAGCGCUUGCUACGGCUGCCCUGCCCUCCAGCCGCCAGACACCUUUCAGGCCGGCGUCCCCCCGCCGCAGGAGGAAACGGCGCAAGCGCAUCAGCAAGGCGGCCAUGAGAGACAUGAUCAUGUAGUGCCGAUGUGCAGGGAUUUCUUGAAGCAAACCAGAGGCUCUGGGGACCGGAAAAAAAACAAAAAACAAAAAAAACAGCUUCAAAAGGUUGCGUGGACACACUGGACAACACAUUGGACAAUGAGGACAGAUGCAGGUGCACAUCGGUGGCCGGAAAAAAAAGAAAAAUAAAAGUGCAAUCUUAAGAACUCCUUGAUGGCGGACAAACUGCGUCACACUAAACACUGGACGGACUCGGAUGUCCUCACACCUCCCGAGUGCUUCAUUGGGCAGGGAAGGCUGCUCCCUGCUUUUUUUUUUUUUUU